AUUCAGCGAUAUCAUCUCUUAAUUCAAAUGAGGAUUCUCUUCAUUUGUACUGUUUGUGAUGUUGUCAUGGAAAUAACAAAUCUCAUAUAUAUAUAUAGGGACUAUACUUGAUGAAUAGAAACCUUUGCAAUCGUAUAUAACGAUUCUAAAGUACAUUUCAUCAAAAUCAGUGUAUAAAUCUCUAAAAAUAUAACAUGUGGUGGGGCUAUAGCCAUCCGCUAGAUCUACAAACUGAGGUGACUAAGAGAGAAGACCAAACUUCAGACAAUCUUGAAGUAUUGAUUGUAGGUGCUGGCGAUGCACGACACAUCAUGAGGACAUUAGCAUCAUCUUACUUACAUCCUGAUCGAAAUAUCACAUAUCACGUUAUUGAACCGACUUUGGAACAAGUUGCUAGGUCGAUACUUUUAAUGAGCAUUUGUUUAGAAAAAAAUCUAGGAUUGCAGGAGGCAACGCGAUACUAUCUGGAGAUUUUAGGAAAUACCCUCUUGAGACCGGCUACAGCUAAAUAUUUAGCAAAAUGUACUAAACAACUGAUUGAUAUUCCAUCUCAAACUGUUGACUGUCCAUGGUUAUCAUUGGAAAAAUUUAAACAUAAAGAUAGAGACAAUUUAGAAUGCAUUUUUAAAUUUUGGACGCGUGCAACAUGCGAAGGAGUCCCUAUAAUAAACUAUUGGGAUCACAGAAUUAGAAAAUCUCUGAAGACGCGAUACGAUUGCAAAGAAGGUGUCUUUGAGUGGGAUUAUUAUAUGGUUUUAAAGUCCAGAUGUAUUAAUAAUCUUACGAUACAAGAAUAUAAAUUUUGGAGAAAUAAUGGAGUAGCAUUUACAUGGCUCGAAGGUGAACCAGCCAGAAGUAAUUCGACUCUAAUAAAUAACAUAAUACAAUAUGGAUCUGGUUUUGUACAUUAUGCAUAUUUAGGAGACAUUGUAAAUGGUCCCUAUUUUACUUGGGCUGCCAUCGAAAAAAAAGAGGACAAAAAAUUUAGGGCGACUGAUAUUGCGGAACGUGAAAUAAUGCGUGCAAUUCAUGAGAUAAAAGCUAGAGAACCAUUGUGCGAAGAUUAUGUGGGCGCUCAUAGAGAUGCCUCUAUUUUAAAUGGUGUUAUAAUAAAUGAGAUGCCAGACAUCGAAAUAGAAAACGAAUCAUGGACUAAUAUUGGAGAUAAAUCAAAUAAAGAAAAAAUUUCUUGGGUGGAAAUACCAAAUCACAAAAUAAUCUUUCAUCCGGUAACAUCGUUGGAGUUCUACAAAUCUAAAAGCGAAUACGUAAAUAGAUUUCAUCUGAUUUGGGUAGCGCACAAUAUGACAAAGCAGUUGGAAAAUUUGAUACCAUUGGCGUCAACAGGUGCACUGAUAAUUGUGGAAUCGCGUAAAUAUAUAGCAGAUCUGCGCAAAGAGGAUUUGAAGAACUUUACCGAAGAACUGAAAGAGCUUGCACAAAAAAAUGGACUUCGUUUACUCCACGACUUUGAUUCCAAUGAGCAUGUUUUUGCUCGUUUCUGCAAAAAUUAAGAAAUUAAGCGAAAUGAGCUUAAUAUUUAUUGUAAAUAUAUAUAUAUAUUUCAAGUUUUUAGUUGAGCAAAAAUAAAGGAACUCUAAUCGAUAAAGUUAAAGAAAUGCGGAUAUAUUUGAAAAAGAAUAUUAAUUUUAGAUUGAAUUGGCAAACUAUAAAGAUUUUUGCUGGUAUUAGGAUAGUUUAAUCUAAUAAUAAGUUUCUCUCGAUGCGAUAAACACAGAUUACUUUUAUCAUAUUAUUUAUGAAU